GGGGUGAUGCACCCCUCCAAUGGCGGCCCCCUGUUUGAGGGAUUGGCUUUUGAGCCUGGCCUCCAGCAGGUUUGUAAAUUAAAAGGAGAAAAGCGAUUUGCCCAAAAAAUAUACCCGACUUUUCUUCAGUGACGAAAUCUGUACCCGAAUUUAUGUCAGGUUCUUAACUGAACCGCCAAUCUCCAUUUCUAUUUCCUUCUUCACGAUCCAGUCUUCGAAUUUCCUCUGCUAAAUAAAAUUACAAGUCACUGAUCCUCUCAACAAUUGAAAUUUUGUUAGAGUUUCGUUUCAUCUGUGUUUCUUCAAAAAAAUUUCUUCAUCUUGUGCAUAGAAAUUUACGAAUUUAAGGCUCAGCACUCUAGAGUAGGAGAAAGAUGAUGGUGGAGGAUCUCGGGGUGGAGGCGAAGGAGGCGUCGGUGAGAGAGGUGGCAAAGCUGCUUCCACUGCCGGAGCUCUUGCAGUCCAUUGCUUCCAUCAAAGCCGAUUACAUUGCUCGACAACAGGCUAAUGAUGCACAACUCAGUACGAUGGUUGCCGAACAGGUUGAACAGGCCCAAGCCGGUCUAGAAUCGCUUUCUUUAUCUCAGAAGACAAUAAACCAUCUCCGAGAAAAUUUUGUGGAAAUCGAAAAGUUGUGUCAAGAAUGUCAGACGUUGAUUGAAAAUCAUGAUCAAAUAAAACUCCUUAGUAAUGCAAGGAAUAAUCUAAACACAACUUUGAAGGAUGUGGAGGGUAUGAUGUCGAUAUCUGUAGAGGCUUCUGAAGCACGGGAUUCUUUGAGUGAUGACAAGGAACUUACUAACACCUAUGAGAGGUUAACUGCACUGGAUGGAAAACGGAGGUUUGCAUUAGCAGCUGCUGCAUCUCACAAAGAAGAGGUUGGCAGACUAAGGGAGUACUUUGAAGACAUAGAUCACACAUGGGAGACAUUCGAGAAGACGUUAUGGGGUCAUAUUUCCAACUUCUUUAAACUUGCUAAAGAGAGCCCACAGACUCUUGUUCGUGCAUUGAGGGUUGUUGAGAUGCAAGAAAUCCUGGAUCAACAACUUGCCGAAGAAGCAGCUGAGGCUGAAGGAGGUGGUGCAAUGGCAUCAAUAGCAAAUCCUCGUAGAACUGCCAAAAAAUCUACCACUACAAGUGCUUCUUCUAGAAACAUCGCCCAACAGAAGUUGAAGGUUCAAGGAAAAAGUUACAAGGAUAAAUGUUAUGAGCAAAUAAGGAAGUCUGUUGAAGCGCGUUUUGACAGAUUGCUCAGUGAGCUUGUAUUUGAGGACCUUAAAGGAGCUCUGGAGGAAGCUCGAAUGAUUGGUGAGGAGCUCGGAGACAUAUAUGACUAUGUGGCACCUUGCUUUCCUCCAAGGUACGAAAUAUUCCAGCUCAUGGUGAAUCUUUACACUGAGAGAUUUAUUCAGUGGCUGAGACUGCUUAGUGAUAAAGCUAAUGAGCUUACAAAUAUAGAAAUUUUGAAGGUAACUGGGUGGGUAGUUGAGUACCAAGAUAAUCUUAUUGGACUUGGCGUUGAUGAGUCACUGGCUCAAGUUUGUUCUGAGAGUGGUGCAAUGGAUCCCCUAAUGAAUGCUUAUGUUGAACGAAUGCAAGCCACAACAAGGAAAUGGUACUUGAAUAUACUUGAUGCUGAUAAGGUACAGCCACCCAAAAAAACAGAUGAUGGAAAACUAUACACCCCAGCUGCUGUUGACUUAUUUCGGAUCCUUGGAGAGCAAGUACAAAUUGUACGAGAUAAUAGCACUGAUGUCAUGUUAUACAGAAUUGCUUUGGCCAUCAUUCAGGUAAUGAUUGAUUUUCAAGCUGCUGAAAGGCAGAGACUGGAGGAACCUGCUUCAGAAAUUGGUCUAGAAGCUCUAUGUGCGAUGAUUAACAACAAUCUUCGAUGCUAUGAUCUUGCCAUGGAGUUAAGCUCUAGCACACUUGAAUCUCUUCCACAGAAUUAUGCCGAGCAGGUGAAUUUUGAGGAUACCUGCAAAGGCUUUCUGGAAGUUGCCAAGGAAGCUGUUCAUCAAACUGUUAGUGUCAUUUUCGAGGAUCCAGGAGUUCAAGAAUUACUUGUAAAGCUAUAUCACAGAGAUUGGUUAGAAGGGCAAGUCACGGAGUACCUUGUUGCCACAUUUGGUGACUAUUUUUCAGAUGUCAAGAUGUACAUUGAAGAAAGAUCAUUCAGAAGAUUCGUUGAGGCCUGCUUGGAAGAAACUGUUGUUGUCUAUGUGGAUCAUCUACUUGUCCAGAAAAAUUAUAUCAAGGAAGAGACGAUUGAAAGGAUGAAGCUCGAUGAAGAGGUUCUCAUGGAUUUCUUCCGGGAAUAUAUAAGUGUUCCUAAAGUUGAAAAUAGAGUUAGGGUACUCUGUGACUUGAGAGAACUUGCUUCAUCGGAGAGUCCAGAUUCUUUCACACUUGUGUACACAAAUAUUCUCGAACAUCAACCGGACUGUCCUCCAGAAGUGGUUGAAAAAAUUGUCAGCUUACGAGAAGGCAUACCAAGGAAAGAUGCUAAAGAGGUUGUUCAGGAGUGCAAAGAAAUAUAUGAAAACUCUCUUGUCGAUGGGAAUCCACCCAAGGCGGGUUUUGUUUUUCCAAAGGUGAAAAGCCUAUCGGCUUCCAAAACCCCCUUGUGGCGAAAGCUUACCUAGUUCCGGAGCUGUGCCAGACGCAUUCGCAUUGUUUGUCCAUGAACCCAAUUUGUCAACCUUCCGCUCUCUGUAUUUUUGAGGUUUUAUUUGAUUCAUUCUCCUCCUUAAAUAUAUAUAUUUAGGAAAGCUUAUAUCUUAUUCAUGAAUUUCAAAUGAAUGCAGUAUACGAAAUUACAUUUAUCUAAACAAUCUACUUGGAAUAUUAUGGGAAGAGGUUUAAAAGUUGAUUAGCCUUUGAGAGGAAAAAAAGGGAAUGUCUGAGAAAUUAAAUUUAAUUUUACUUGUGA